UGUACCAAUAGAAAACGAGCAUAGCCGCCUUUCCAACCUUUGUUGAUCAUUUUGUAGUAUUUAUUCCUAUCCAGAAAUUUUCAUUCCGAUGGUAUCCCCUUCCCUCUUAUAAAAUUAAGCCCUGAAUAAAACUCAGCUCGGACGGUCGAGCCUUACUUGUUCAUUGGUUUUAAUUAGUGUGAUUUUGCAAUUAGAGAGUGCGCGUCAUCAUUAAAUUAACUGUUGACUGCAAUUUGGGUAAAUCGUAGUUAGUGACAGCUAAUUAGAUGUUCACGUUAAAAGACUUGGGUAGAAGUUGUCAGUUAAUUUUCUAUACGUUAUCUCGGUUAAAAUUUUACUUUUUUUCUCCGAUUUCCUGCUUUCUGCUUUUUUGAUGAAGUAAACUGCUAUUGUCAUAAUUUUAGUUUGUUCCACAAGAGAAACUAGUUAUUUUUUAUAAAUUACUCAAUUUGAUUUUUCCUUAUUGAUUUACAAUGAGUCAAUAUAACACCUCUAACAUCUCUGUAAAUUCGAACAAUUCAGAAUUCGAAUACGAGAAUGAACGUUCAGAUGACGAGUUCGUGUUCUUGUACAUCAUCUUCUGGACAAGAUUGUUUCUCAGUUCGACUGGUGUGCUUUUAAACCUGCAGGUAGUUAUAAUCUACCACUCGAAGUCGCAGAAAUCUCCGAGCGAGUACAUAAUUCUGAACUUGGGCUGUGCUGAUCUUCUCUGUACCAUCGGAUCAACUAUCUCGGCCAUCUAUCAGUUUAUACAGAGCAAACACGAGUUCAGUGAACCAGUCGGGAAUUUCGCCGACAGCUGUCAACGCUUCUCGUUUGUAGCCAUCACAAUUUAUUCGUUCAUUUGCGUGUUGGUUAUCACUCUGAAUAGAUUCCUGGCUGUCUGCAGACCCCAUGUGUUCAGAGAUGUGUUCACACUUCCAAGGACAUACACCAUACUGGUGUUUUCCGCACUCUUUGCAGUUGUGUUGGGAGCCAUGCAGUUUUCGGUCACGUUCUUUGCCCGACUGAAUGGCUACAAGCGGGGAGUGUUCACACUCAAUGGCUACAUUGGAUUCCUGUUCACAGUAUUGGACAUAGCUGUGAUGCUGGUGGUCUAUGUGUGCAUAUUAGUGAAGAGUCACCAGUUCAAUAUCAGGACGGAAAUCAGACGACGCGGUUCCUCCAUGCUCACUGAAAUGCAGCUAGUGCGCAAGAGACAUACACAGACAUGUUCAUCUACAUUCACAGUCUCAGCCGUGGCAGCUUCUUCUUCGCCACAGCCAGCUACAGUCACCAACACCACAGCCACUAUCGAUGCUGACCCGAUGGCCAUGACCAAGAUGUCUCCUCUACUUAGAGAAGAGCCGGAAGUUAAAUCACAACCGGAAACAACGCAAGAUGUGAAGCAAGUUGACCAGGAAGUGAACUCGAUGAGAUUGCGAACCGAUGAGACUUUAGAGACUGACUCACCAGGCGGCAAGUCCAAGCAAGUGGUGCGAAGCUCCGUCAAUGAGGCAAUUACAGAGGCAAAGAACGGGAGUGAGCGAAAUCGACUACAUCCGCCUAAAGCGCCAAUGCAAAAUGAAAAAGGAUAUUCUAAUUUUCCACUGAAAAAGAGUAACCAGCAUCGUGUCAGUUUUGCGACUAACAACUACAAUUUGCUGCCAUUGGGGAGUGCAAACGCGAUCGAGGAGUUGGAGAAUGUACAAGACCAUUUACGAGCUCCCAAUGAAACCCGCGAGACUACUUCAAAGCAAUCUCCGAUCAAGUCGGCCCUGAAAAUUUGUCGCAGUAGCACAAGUGACAACGGACAUUGUACGAACGUAGCACAGUCGUCGCAAGCGCUACAGAACGGGCCAAUGUCGAGUCGGAUUUCACGAAGGACGACGAAUGUGACGAUUUCGCUGUUCGUGAUUUCGGCGCUUUUCAUAAUACUGGUGUUGCCGUACAAAAUUUUACACCUGAGGUUUCUUCUGGACAGGUCAAACGCACCCAGCAUGAUGGCUUUUGAAACAUCUCUGCUGCUGUUCGAAUGUAAUUUCAUAGUGAACUACUUUGUAUACUUAUAUUUCAACUCUUUUUUCAGAGCGCAGUUGAAAAAUUUUUGGAAAAUGAAGUGCUCAUCCUAUCAGUAAAACUUGAGAAGCGACUAAGACAAACUCAUGAUAGCAGGAAAUAUUAAAAUAAAUAAAUGUCGAAUGCUCAGUCUGGAUACGACCUUGACCCCUCAAUGACUAUGAGAUUCCAAUGACAUGUCAGAGUCAUUAAUAAGUUGACAACACCAUUGUGAUUUAGUAUGUCUCAUUUAGUACAAUUUUGCAUUGACUAACGCGGUAAUGAUCUUAUUAAAAAAGAUUUAUUAGUUUUUUCAAAGAAGUUAUAUAAUAUCCUGAUAUUUUGCAGUAUGCAUUGAUUGUUGAUAGUUCUGUGUAAAUUUUGUCCCGGUACCAUAAAUUUGAGCAACCCUUCAGCUCUUCUUUGUCACAAUAAAUCAUGAUUUGUCAAAAAA